AUGGAGAAGCUUUAUGUGUUUUUUGUUACUCUUGUAUUUCUUGGUUUCCUAUUUCAUGAAGGAAAAGUUGGUGCUUUGAAGAGUGAAGAUGGAUUAGAAGAAUGGGGAUAUGUGCAAGUUAGACCUAAAGCACACAUGUUCUGGUGGCUUUACAGAAGCCCCUACAAAGUGGAGAAUCCCUCCAAACCAUGGCCAAUCAUUCUCUGGUUGCAGGGAGGACCUGGUGGUUCAGGAGUUGGAUUCGGAAAUUUUAUAGAGUUUGGCCCUCUUGAUGCCAAUUUGGAGCCAAGGAAUUUCACUUGGUUGAGAAAAGCAGAUUUGCUAUUUGUGGACAGUCCAGUUGGUACAGGGUUCAGUUUUGUUGAGGAUUCAAAAUUACUUGUCAAAACUGAUGAGGAGGCAGCCACUGACUUGACUACAUUAUUAAUCAAGAUAUUUAAUAAUGAUCCAAUUCUUCAAAAAUGUAAUUUGUUCAUUUUUGGGGAGUCUUAUGGUGGAAAAUUUGCUGCUACUCUUGGAUUAUCAGCCCUCAAAGCAAUUAAAAAAGGAAGAUUGAAGACUACACUUGGAGGUGUGGUAUUAGCAGACAGCUGGAUCUCCCCAGAAGACUAUGUGCUCUCAUGGGGUCCUCUUUUGAAAGACAUGUCAAGAAUUGAUGACAAUGGACUACAAAAAUCAAACAUUUUGGCAGAAAGGAUCAAGCAACAACUUGAAGCUGGUGAAUUUAUUAAUGCAACUUCUACAUGGAUUCAACUUGAAUAUGUAAUUAAUAAAAGCAGCAACUUUGUGGAUUUCUAUAAUUUUAUGGAGGACAGUGGAAGUUAUUCAGUAACCUCAUCAACAAUUGAGAAGAGAUUAUUAAAAGAAAUACCAAUGAGGCGUUACUCCAAGUAUCUUACUUCAUUUAAAGAUUCUAAUGUUGUUAAUGGUGAUCUAGACACCUUAUUAAAUGGUGUCACAAAGAAAAAAUUGAAGAUCAUUCCCAAUAAUAUUACAUGGUAUGCUGAGUCAGUUUAUGUGAUUGCAAAUUUUUUAGGUGAAUUUAUGAAACCAAGAAUUGCUGAGGUUGAUGAGUUGCUAGCUCUUGGGGUCAAUGUAACUGUGUACAAUGGACAACUUGAUCUCAUUUGUGCAACCAAGGGAACUGAAUCUUGGCUCAAGAAACUCAAAUGGUUAGGCCUUCAAAAUUUCUUGAGUAAAGACAGAACUCCCAUAUAUUGUGGAAGUGAAAGAAAGACCAAAGGCUUCUUUAAGUCAUAUGAAAACCUAAACUUCUAUUGGAUACUUGGUGCUGGCCAUUUUGUACCUAUUGAUCAGCCAUGCAUAGCACUAAACAUGGUGGGUGCAAUUACACAGUCACCAGCAGCUUGA